GCAGGAGUUUCCGCUUUCUUAAACCUUUUCACAAGUUAGUAGCCAUGUCCACAAAAGUCACUAUACGAAAUGGAGUCGACCAGAUUUUAAGAACCCGUAUGCAAUCUCUUCUCUGAAUAUACCUUCUCGAAUUUGACGUGCUCUUUCAUCUCGACGUUUUCUUACAACUGGAACCGUAUAUAAUGAUAGGAUUCUUGGAAAUCAUCAAGUCCGUUCAGCCGGCUGGACGGUGGAAAUUAGUCGUGGUCGAUAGCUUGUCCCUGAAAAUCUUGAAUUCAGCAUGUAAAAUGUAUGAUAUUUUGGAGGAAAACGUAAGUUUUGCAUACAUAUAUUUUUUCAAUAAGUGCUCUAGCUAUUAAAACAAAUAUAUUAAAUCUCAUAUCUGCGUGUAUCCGUGUACACUGUUUGUUUUUGCUAGGUUACUGGCAAGUUAUUCGUCUUUGUUGAAGUACUGAUGAUCUUUUUCGAACCCUUCGUAUCAUGCUAAACUUGGAAAAUUUCUUAAAAAAACAAUAGUGGUGGAGAAUAUAGAGAAGUC